UGAGAAUAUUCUAGCCUCUCAUUCUGCUCUUAUCCUCCUCCGCCCUGUAUCUCUCUCUCUCGUCUCCGAUCCCCUUUUCUCCUCCAGCUGCUACUCCGGCUCGCCGCCGUCGAAACCCGGCCGACCCUAGGUCGUGACACGCCGUCCGUCCCCUGCAUACCAAGUUUUGAAGCUGUCAUUGUGGACUUGAGUCAGAUCGAUUUUUUGCCCGGCAAGGAGUUCCCUCACGCAGAGCGGGGACUGAACCUGGAAUCUGAAGCUCUUUCGACCUCAAAUAUGAAGCUUUUAAUCUUGUUGAGCGAACUGACUCGGCGUAGCUAUGUGAAGCAGUGUAUCAGUACAGUGAUGUGAAUGGGUGUAAGUAAAUUUGUGUUGUGAAUGGAAGAAUUAUCCAUCACUUUGCAAUGCAUUAUGGCCCCAGUCGAUUUCUCAUUGCUAAGCGACAGUAGCUAUGUAUCCAGAAGCUUGACAUUUGUUUUGUAUAUUAAUCAUUGCUCCCAUGCCAAUGGCUCCUGCGACCCCGCGCCCGCCGCCGACGGCGCCCCAUUGAUCUCUUUCCUCCGGCCACCAUUCCAGCCGGCGAGACCAGAUCCGGGAUGCUCUCUGCGUCCUCUCUCAGCUGCACUCCUUCUCCCCUCCAGGCUCUCGCUGAGCUGCCCAUGGCCCUCGCAUCUGCGUCGUCGUCUCCGGCUCCGUCGGCCGCCUCGGCUGCUGCCGCCGCGCUGGCCACGGCUGCACUUGCCGCCCGCAGGGCCGCCCCGGCAGCUGGUGGCCGUCUGUCCCGCGCCGGACUCCCGUCGAGGCCGGAUGUGGCAGCAUCUCUGACGGCGCAAUCCGGCUUGCGCUCCCUGCUGAGCCCCUGAUCGGCCGGCGUCGCCGCGUUGUCCGCCCUAGACGUCGCGCAUGCUGCUCCAGAUCGUGCCCCUGGCCUGCUGGAUGGAGGGCUUGGGUGUCUUCCGUCCCCGGCCUCUGGUGACGCUGCUCCUGCCAGCGCCACGCCGUCAACCUCGACUGCUGCUGUGGCACCGACGGCGGCCACUCCGGCACCACCGGCUGCCGCCCUUGCUGCCCUGGCCGCGGUUCCUCCGCCGGCUUGCUGCUGCCGCCCCCAUCGUCGGCCCGUGUUCAGACGGAUCUGAAAACAGAAGCUCUGCUGCGCCCCUCCUACGGGCAGCUGCGUGCCCCUGCCCUGAUGGAUGGGGGGCUGGCUCCUCAGACGUUGUUGCUGCCUUCGACGCCGGUUGUGCCGGCGCUUGUGACAGAUGAGGCGGCAGGAGAGCAGGGAGUUCCCAAUGCUCUGGCAGAGGCACCCAAGAAGUUGGGCUCUCCUAUGCUUGGUCCAUCUUCAGUGUCGGCAUGCAACGACCUCUCUGCUGCCACCGCCGCUGUUGUAGACGGGGCAGGCUGGGUGCAUGUGGGUCGGGGGCGACGUUCCGGCCGACGCGCUCCCCCUGAGCCGUCGAGGGAAGGUCUCGAGCGUAGCCUCGCUUUCAAGCGUUGGGCUCGAGGAAGGUGCUUUCGUUGCCUCGAGUGUGGCCACCAAGUCAGUGCAUGCCGUGAGCCAUUCAGAUGCAUUCGCUGUCGUCGCCCUGGUCAUCGGGAGAGGUUCUGUCGUGCUCGCUCUCCAGUUGCUUGUGAUCGCUCUCCGGUCGCUCGCGGUGACUCUCCGGUCACUUGUGCUCCUCGUCAGCGGAGCCGCUCCCUGUCCGUCCAGCCUUGUCCUUCGCUGGCCAGGAGUUGGGCUGAGGUUGUGGGCCACUCGUCGCUGUGUGUGUCGAUGCCGCCAAGGUCUCAAUCUGGAUGUUGCAAGGAUUCCAAUGUUUGCACCUCUUUGGUCUCUGCUUUGGAGUCGCAGCUUGCCCUGCUGCGCACGGAGCUCCUUCAGGAGGUUGAGCUGCUCCGCACUGAGCUUCGCGAUGCUCUAGCCAAGUUUGAGGUUGCGUCGGUUGUGCCUUUGCUGCCUGAGCUCCAGGUUGGUUCCUUUGAUGAGGAUGCUGAAUGUUGCUUUGGAGAUUUUUCUCCUCGUGCUCUGCAUGUGACGCCGCUUGUUCAGAGUGCGGUUAUCACGGAGGUCGUAGCUCCAAUUCUGCAGAUUAUGCCUGAGUUGCAGGAGCUUUGUGGGGAAUCAUCUAUGGUGUUACCGAUGGAGUUGAGCGCAUUGGAGUCCUUGGUGGUGGCCAUGCCACCUUCACUACCACCGUCAGAGUCCUGUCAGCCGCCCGCCAUUCCGGGUUGUGGAGACUUGGUUGGUUCUGUCAAUGCCUCAUCUAUGGCCAUUAUGCAUGUGGCGUCUUUGAGUGGCGAGGUUGAUGAGAUAGGUGUGUUGGCACCUAACUCUGAGGCUCUAUCAUGUGAGCAACUGGAGACGCCUGAGUCCAUCGUGCCAAUGGCACCUGUGACUGGUGAUGCUGAGGCGGUUGGUGCGUUGGCGCCUGAUCUUACGGAGCCCAACCAGUCGCUCGCCUCUGUGGAGCAUGGAGGUUCCGAUGUUGCAGUCACCCACUCGCAUGUGACCGUUCAACAGGUUUCUGUGCGUGACAAGUUCAAUGAGAUUCUCUUCGAGAUAGAACUUCACAGUUUGUUCAAACGUUUGGAGAGGGUGAGCCCUGGAUCUGGCAAGGCGAUUGUGGAGAAGGCUCUCAGAAGCAAAGGCAAGAAGAGUGACGCCACAGGAAAGGCGUCCGCAGCUGCUUGAUGGAUGGUUACCAGUUUCUUGGGUUGUCCUUAUGGUCUGGCUUGUCUUCAUGGAUUUGGUAUGGAUGGUUACCAGUUUCUUGGGUUGUCCUUAUGGUCUGGCUUGUCUUCAUGGAUUUGGUGGUGCUCGUGGUCUUCGGCCGAGUUAUUCUCGUUGGGGUGUCUUCGUGUUGUAGCAGUGUGCGGGUUGGUGGACGUUAGGUGUUGGGUAUGAUGGUCACUCUGUGAGUAGUCCACCUAUGGUUGGUCUGUAUCGGUUUUCGCCUAGUUUUCCGUUAAUUAACUGA